AUGGGCGAAACGGAUCUCUCCAGGGGCCCCCUGGGGGCCCCCCUGACCCCCUUGGGGGCCCCUGGGGGCCCCUCGGGGGCCCCCCUGACCCCCUUAGGGGCCCCCGGGGGCCCCCCAGAGGGGCCCCCCCUGGGGCCCCUGGGGGCCCCCCCCUCGCCGGCGGAGGGGCCCCCAGCUGCUGCUGCUGCAGAGGGAGAAGAGGGUUCUGUGGGGGCCCCCGAGGGGCCCCCCAAAGAAAGUUCUUUAUCUGUUUUGACCCGAAACUUUCUUUCUUUGGACUUUGCUGCUGCUGCUGCUGCUCUCAAAAGGUACAAAUAUGACCCCCGACUUGCAAUUGCCCUCCGAAUGCCCCCCCAGGGGGGCCCCCAGGGGGCCCCUGGGGGCCCCCAGGGGGCCCCGGGGGGCCCCCCGGGGGGCCCCCCAGAGGCCUCCGCGGGGGGCCCCCAAAGGUGCAGUUUGCAGGACCCUUUUUUGCUGCCGCCGCCGCCUCCGCCUUUGGACUUUCGUCGAGUCUCUUCUUCAGUGGAAACCCUUUUGGCUCUUCACGAGCAGCAGGCGCUGCAGGUGGCAGUGGUCUACGCGGAGAGUUGCCCGCUGCUGCUGGGGGUUUCGGAGGCCUCCUGCUGCAGCGAGGGUCACCCUCAGCCGCGACAUCGUUGCAUGCAUCUGUCGGGGGGCCCCCAGGGGGGCCCCCAGGGGGGCCCCCAGGGGGGGCCCCCAGGGGGGAGUGAGGGGGGGGCCCCCGAGGGCCUCGCCGCGUUCAAGGCGGCUUUGGUGCAGCUUUCGAAUAAAAUAGAACAUGCGAAGCAGCCGGGGGUUUGUCUUUAUAAAAGCGCGAAGGCGUGUCUGCCGGAGUUGUACCGGCUGCGGGACAUCGCAGCAGCGUCUUGUGUCUCCUUGCUGCAGCAGCAAAUAGCGCUGCUGCGGCAGCCAAGAACAAACAUAAAACUAAUCCAAAGGGGACUUUUGCUGAAGCAAAAAGAGCUGCUGCUGUUUCUUGCGGACCAAUCUGCUGCUGCUGCUGCUGCAGUCCGCCGCGACUACUGCCGCAGCAUUUCCGCAGUCUACGCAGCUCUCUUCAAGGCCUACCACGCCCAGCUCCUCGCCAUGCAAGCUGCUGCUGCUGCUGCUGCUGCUGCUGCUGCGCAGCAGCAGCAGCAGCAGCAGCAGCAGCAGCAGCAGCAGCUGCAGCAGCAGCAGCUGCUGCUGCACGAGCAGGGGGACGCAGAUGCUGCAGCGGCAACCGCUGCUGCGGACGCGCAGCAGCAGGCAGACGCUGAUGAGGCAGCAGCAGCAGCAGCAGCAACAGCAACAGCAGCAGCAGCAGCAGCAGCAGCAGCAGCAGCAAAGCCGCAGGGGUCUCUCGUGGCCUCUGCGAAGCAAAUGGUGGGCUUUCUUACGCGCCUGGGCUCAGCAGUCAGCAGCAGCAGCAGCAGCAGCAGCAGCAGCAGCAGCAGCAGCAGCAGCAGCAGCAGCAGCAGCAGCAGCGCGCAGCAGAUCCCUCCGUGUCUCGUCUGCAAGUGA